CCGAAUUCAUUCUCUCUAAACUCCCUUGUAAAAGCACCCAUGCAUUCUCCGUUAUAAGAUAAAUUGGGCUACAGGUGUUCCACCUAAAGUCCUACCGGUCAAUCUGCGUGUUUUUACCUUUCUUACUUUGCCAAGUCAAGCAAACUAUUCUACACCAUCAUUUUUGGCGCCACCCGUGGGACCGUUAAGGUUUCUUCUCUUCUAAACACAAACCUACCCACAAAAACACCACUCAAAAUGUCUUCAAGCCAACAAAUCAACGCUACUUCCACUCAGGUGCAAGCCACCAAUGAGGGUACCAGCAUCCCUGUAGCUGCUACCCUACCGGUCAUUUCAGCCCCGGUGUUGCCUUUGGGUCUGAGCUCCGUCCCAACGCCAAGCGUGAUCAGCCCAUUCACGACCCCCGUCCCUUCCGCUGGACCAAGGGUCACGUUCCCACCAAGCAUGACUCAGUUCAUGAAUGACACAGCCAACCUACAAGCCAUCCAGGGCUUUGGCCAGGUCAUGGCCAUGUGCCAACAGAAUGGGGGGAUGCCUUUUCUCCCUAGUAUGUUCACGUUCGCUCUUCGAGGCGCGGGAACCAUGCCCCUACAAGCUCCAAUGACAGUGACGCCGUUCCAGACGCCGAUGCCGCAGCCAUCACCUUUCCAGCCGCAGCUGGUCAGCACCAUGGCCCCUGUCAACUUGACUGGCGCGCUUAACGCUGUAGGGCCGUCGCGUCCCCCGCAAGGUACGAAUCCGCAGAUCACUCCUGAUGGUCAUUGCGUCUCAGUUGAGAGCGAUGACGGCGAGUGGAACAUUCCGAGGGCCCACAAGAAGAAGAAGGGAAAAAACAUCCGGCCAGCAACCUCCCGAAACUCCGCCUUCGAAAGGCUAGGGGAUAGGGAGGAAGGCCAGAGGAAGUCAGCCAAACAGAGGCUGGGGCAGAGCAUUGCUCAUGUCAGCGCGUUCGCCCGGUUAGGCGAGGCGCGGGAGGCCGAUCCUGCCCGCACCCAGCGCUCCCGGUCUAACCGGCAGGAGCCAGUGAGGACGAGGGCCUCUCGUCAGGAAGAGGAAGCAGAGAGCCAGCCCAGGUUACCGGUGGCGAACCGGUUGACCAUCCCAAAUGACCGCGUCCAGCAGAUGGAGGCAAAACUGGAAAGGCUGGAAAAGAAGGUCGGGGAGAAGAAUGACCGGGACAAACCCCUGGCGGGGUCCCCGUUCACCACAAGGGUCCAUCUGACACCUUUCCCGCGAAAGACCUUGCGGAACCGAGCCACUGAAUGGUUCAAUAAGGUUCGCCCGGGAAGCAUUGAUUCGUUCAGUGAUUUGGCCUCAAAGUUCAAGGCCAAGUUCCAGGAGAAUUGUACUAAAAGGAAGAAAUUCACCUAUCUUAGUACAGCCGGGCAGAGGGAGUCUGAGAACCUUACUCAGUUCCUUACCCGGUGGAAGGAAGAGGUAGACAAGGUGGAAGAGAUGGAUGACAAAACCGUCUUAUCCCUCCUCUUGAAUGGCUUGCGUGCCGGAGAACUAUACAAGGAGUUCUGCUGGAAACCCCCGGCCACGUACCAAGAGGCCUACCAUACUGCAUGGGAGUUUGCUGAGGCUGAAACUCAACUCCGGGCGAAGAAAGAAGCUGAGCAUGGUUUCAAGCCCAAGCCGGUGCAAGUCAAGAAGGAAGAAACACCGAGAUCCAGCCGACCAAGGCACCACUAUGACCCGGUCGUCCGUAUGGUCAAUACGGAAGAAUGCCAAGAAAUCCAGAAGGCACCGGUCAUUCCUCCGGAAAAUCCUACCGGUCAAACAGGGCGGCAGUGGUCGGGCACCUAUUGUUCGUACCACAGGUCAGAUUCCCAUAACACCUCUGAAUGCAAAAGUGUUAAGGGGGUCAUCCGGCAGAUGAUAGACAGUGGAGAACUGGGCAAGGAUUACUUGCAGAAAGCCCAGGAGAAGAGUCACCAAUGGGUUAGGCCAGCUGCCCCGGGAGAUGACCGGGACAACGACCGGCAGAGGAAUAACCGGCCAAGGGAGCGGCAACCUGCUCCUGAGAAAGAGCAUAUCGGAAUGAUCUUCGGCGGGUCUGAAGGUGGAGAUUCAACCGUGCAACGGAAGAACUGGGUCUGGAGCAUUUACGUUGGUGAGGUAAGCGCUGAACCGCCCAGGCGUAAGCAUACUCGGAGGGAGCCGAUCGUCUUUACUGACCGGGAUCUUCCUCCUACCGGUGAAGAUCACAAUGAUCCAUUGGUCAUCACCAUGGACAUUAAUGGGGUGGAUGUCGCCCGGGUACUUGUUGACACCGGCAGCAGUGUCAACAUCUUAUACGUGGAGACUUUCCAAAAACUCAGGCCAGGCAUCAAUAGAGUCGGGGCGGUGAUUUCCAUGCCUCAUCUAUGCAUGAAGUUCCACACUCCAGGUGGUGUGGGUGAGGUGAAGGGUGACCAGAGGAAUGCCCGGGAAUGUUAUGCCCGGGCAGUCAAGAAGAUGACCAAGGGGGUCAAUGUCAUCUCCCAAGAGAUCGCAAAGGGAGAGACCUGGGAGAAAUUGGAGCCCGAGGCCGAGACGGUGGAAAUCGAACUUCACCUGGGUGAUUCUUCGAGGAUGGUCAGAAUUGGGGCAAAUCUCCCCGAAGAUCUGAAGGCAGAGAUUACACGGGUCCUCCAAGAAUACGUGGGCAUAUUCGCAUGGAGCGUGGCGGAUAUGCCCGGAAUAGAUCGCUCUGUUAUCUGCCACCGGUUGGCCGUGAGGGAAGGAAGUCGACCGGCCCUGAAAAUCAGCCGGGUCAGUAUCAAAUCUGACUCUAGCCUGAUUGUUGGGCAAGUGACCGGUAAUAUGGAAGCAAGAGAAGGACGCAUGGCACAAUACAAGGACCUUGUACUUGCCCUGCUGAAAGGCUUCGAAGAGUUCAAGAUCGCCCAAAUUCCCUGGGCGGAAAACGCGGAUGCAGAUCUUCUCUCCAAGUUGACGCAGUAUGCUCCCGAGCAUGUUUCAAAACUUGCCCGGGUGAAAAUCCUGGAUCGAGCCAGCAUCGAAAAAUUGGAAGUCGCCGCUAUAACAGCCGGAAGUCAAUCUGACCGGUCAAACUUGGUCGGGGCGGAUGACCACUGGAUGUACGAUCUAAUGGAAUAUUUGAUGGAUGGGAGCUUGCCAGAACAAGAUGACCGGGAAAGAAAAGUGAAGCUCAGGGCACCCCGAUUCCAGGUUCUUGAUGGAAAGCUGUAUAAAAGGGCAUUUGGGGGGCCACUCCUGAGAUGUCUAACCAACCGGGAGGCUGAGCGAGUCAUAGCGGAGGUCCACGAAGGCGUAUGCGCGGCGCAUCAAAUGUCCCGUACGCUUUCCCAGCGCAUCAUUUUAUUGGGGUAUUACUGGCCGACAAUUGUCCAGGAUUGUGAAAGGUAUGUUCAGAAAUGCAGGACAUGCCAAGUAUUCUACAAGUAUCCCGGUAGACCGGCAACCUACUAUCACCCAGUAUCGAAUGUCAUCCCGUUCGUAAUUGUAGCCAUCGAUUACUUCACCAAAUGGAUCGAGGCCGAAGCAUUGGCCAACAUCACCACGCAGCAAUGCAAGAAAUUCAUUUGGAAGAACAUCAUCACGAGGUUUGGAGCGCCCUUGAACCUCAUCAUCGACAACGGCCCACAAUUCCGAAAUCCAAGAUUCACCGAAUACUUGAAGGGCUUCGGAAUCAAGCACAAUCGCUCCUCGGUAGCGUACCCCCAAGGGAAUGGCCAAGUCGAAAACGCCAACAGAACGAUUGUGGAUGGUCUAAAGAAACGGCUGGGAGAAGCAGGAAACAAGUGGCUGGAAGAGCUCCCACACAUCGUAUGGGCAUUCCGAGUAACACCCAGGAGGGCUCACGGGGAAACUCCAUUCUCCCUAACCUAUGGGUGUGAAGCAAGGCUGCCCAUCGAAGCUGAAUUCCCAACGUUCCGGGAAUCAAAUUAUCAGCCCCAGCAAAAUGAAGAAGACCACUUGGCCGAGCUCAACUUGGUCGAAGAACGAAGAAUGGCCGCGGAGGUUAAAAUGAGUACAUACCAACAAGUUGUGAAGAAGUACCAUGACAACAAGGUUGGGCUGCGGUACUUCCAAGUUGGAGAUGAAGUCCUACGAAGAAGAGAAGCAAGUAGACCCGGCAAUGGAGGAAAGCUGGCAAAAAACUAGGAAGGCCCAUACAGGGUUAGAGCCAUCAUUCGACCAGAACCUACCGGUUAGAAACUUUAGAUGGUGUACCGAUAGAAAGAACUUGGAAUUCCCACCAUCUUCGCAAGUUCUACAAAUGAUUGUAAUACUAGGCGAGGCCUAACUACAUUAUCAAUCAAAGUGAUGUUCAAUA